CGAGCGUGAACUCCAUGAGCUACGUGGGUGGCGUAUUGAACCGACUACGCCAUGGACAGGGCACAUAUACUUUUCCAGGGGGCUACUACAAGUAUACGGGCGACUGGGCGUUGGGCAAGAUGCACGGGCACGGCAUUUUCUUCCUGGGGGACGGCAGCACGUACGAAGGCACAUUCGUCCACGGGGAGAUGCAGGGCAUGGGGUUGCGUCGAUGGCCGGACGGGACGACGUACAGCGGCGAGUUUUGUCGAGGCGAAAUGCACGGCGAAGGCACGUUCAUCGCGUCCAGCGGAAAAAGGUACGAAGGCUCGUGGCGCGACAAUCAGCACCAUGGGUACGGAGAGUUGACAGAGCCAGACCAGUCGUUGUACGAAGGGCACUUUGACCAGCACAAACCUCAUGGCAUUGGCCGCAAAACGUGGCCGGACAAGAGCACGUACGAGGGCGAGUGGCGACAUGGGAAAUGUCAUGGUCAUGGACGAUGGGUAGAUCUUGAUGGCAAGACAUCGUAUGAAGGCGACUGGGUGGACGGCAGUCGGCAUGGAGUCGGCAAAGGCGUGUGGCCCACUGGACUUGUGUACGAUGGGUCGUGGGCAUGCAAUAGUCGCGAAAAAGUGCCCACGUGUUUGGUUGUGACGAGGAUUGGUCCCGAUGGGUUGCCGGAUGCAACCCCCCUCGUGUUUCGAGAUGCGGUGGUUCCGGAAGAGACCAACGGGGUUGGCGAUACGAUGCCAGGUAGCUCCCCCGUCGUCGUCGUCAUCGCUCCCCCCAUCAAGCUCCUGCCCCAGUUUCAAGUGGCGUGUUGCGUGGACAAAGCAACCACGAGCAGCAAUAACCCUUCCCCUGAAGGUUCAACAAGUUCCGACGUCGUCGUCGGACCGACUGUGGUGGUGGAAGAAUCGAGACAUGGCAUUCGCAUGAGUUUGUUUCAGGGAAAAUCGCCCGUCGAUGCCGCUCGGGAAGCUGCCGCCGCUGCCGCCGCCUUUGAUGCCGACUCGAAAGACAAGCGCAAGAAAAGCACGGUGGUCGAAGCGGUCCACGGAGAGAGCGCCACGUCAGCUGCACCCGUCCCCCUUCUCAUGGCGUUUGAAGACCCCACCACGCAAGCCAACGUGGUGGAAAUGAUCGUGUGGACGUUGAACGGGGUUGCCACUGUACCGAGCAUCCAGUUGCCCAUGGAAGCAGCCACCACCUGUGGCGAGUAUUUUCUGCAAUUUGACAGCAUCAUCGACACACAGGGCAUGCCGUCGGCUUAUUUUGGCUUCACGAUCGUACGGGGGGACGCUGACCUGUCUUUUGGGGCUGCGGGGGACAAGGGCAAGAAGGACGCGCUCAAGAAGAAAUAA